AUGCGCAGCAAUGGUGGAAACAUGUCUAGGUUAUUCGACGUCGUCAUUUACCUGACCAUCCCCGCUGUCAUCAUAUUGCAUCUGCUCGCCGCGCCAUAUACUAAAGUCGAGGAGUCCUUCCACCUCCAGGCCACCCAUGACAUUCUCAAAUAUGGCAUCCCUUCGCCUCGUCUGGGGCUGGAAGAGGUAGCUCGAAAGAUUGCUAGUGAUUACGACCACUUUUCUUUUCCCGGCGCAGUGCCCAGAACAUUUGUCGGAGCGCUUGCUCUGGCAGCGGCUUCGCAGCCGGUUCUAUGGCUGGAUAGCCAUGUGGACAGGCAGUGUCUCGCUCGCGCUGUUCUCGGCUUGUUCAAUGCAUUCGCUCUGCUGUCGUAUGCUCGAGGACUGCACCGGGCUUUUGGGAGGGCGACGGCGCUUUGGUUUCUGCUCUUCCAAGCUAGCCAAUUCCACGUUGCCUAUUACGCAUCACGCACGCUGUCGAAUAUGUUUGCAUUUGGAAUAACUACAAUCGCCUUGCGUCUUGUUCUCCCUGAACCGGGGACUGUUGCCAAAGCGCAUUCAAGACACCGGGUCUCCCUGGUCCUUAUUACAGUUGCAGGGAUUAUCUUUCGGUCUGAACUUGCCGUUUUCCUCGCCAUGAAUACAUUUUUUCUUCUUGCAACAAAUCGCGUGCGGAUAAUCAGCGACAUCAUCCCCGCCGGUAUUGUUGGGUUGCUCGUCGGACUGUCGACGACGGUGCUCAUCGACUCUUAUUUCUGGCAACAGUUCCCCCUCUGGCCGGAAUUUGCAGCGUUUAAAUUCAAUGUACUUGCCGGCCAGUCGUCUGAAUGGGGAACUAGCCCGUGGUACUUUUAUUUUGUCGAUGCGCUUCCCCGGCUUCUAAUGAACCCGUUGAUAUGGCUCGUCGGCAUCCCCGCCUCUCUCUGGGCCAGUGCGACACGCCGCGCCUCUGUCUCGCUGCUGCUUCCAUCGCUAGCAUUCAUGGGUCUGUACAGUGUCCUUCCGCACAAGGAAUGGCGCUUCAUCAUCUACGUCGUGCCCGCCUUGACUGCCUCGGCCGCCCAGGGCGCCGCAUAUAUCUGGACGCGCCGCGCCAAAUCCAUCGUCUACCGCAUCCUCGCCCUCGCUCUGGCCGUUUCGACGCUGGCUUCGUUCCUGGUCAGCACGCUCGUUUAUCUCCCGGCCUCUGCGGCGAAUUACCCCGGAGCAUAUGCCCUGCAGAGCGUGCACCGACAUGCCGACGGCACGCAGCCGCGUAUUGUGUUGCACAUGGGCAAUCUCGCCUGCCAGACCGGCGUGACGCGCUUCCUCCAGCUCGAUCCUGAUGAUUCGGUGGUGUCUACAUGGAUCUACGACAAAACCGAAAACGAAACCCUCAAAGCCACGCCGCAGUUCUGGUCGACCAUCGACUACGCGCUCGUCGAAGACGUCUCUGAAGUUAUUCCGCAAUCUUCAUCAGAAACAGAAACAGAAAAAAAUACAAUAACAAAAGGAAAAUGGCAAACAAUCGACACGAUAAACAGCUUCACUGGCUUCCGAAUCCUGCGUGCCGGCGAUAUCGCUCAAGGCCAGCUCGAGGCAAACAUUAUACGCGCAGUCGCUGGCGAUGCGGGUGUCGCGCUGUUUGAGAAGGUGAGGGAUGGCGUGGUGAGAAGGUUUGUGACGAGGGGAAUUUGGGUUGAGUUUAGGAUGGAGCCGAGGAUUAGGGUUGUGAGGAAUUUGAAAGGUGAUGAUACAUUACUAUAA